AAUAAAUCAAAUCCAUUAUUUUGCAUGGUUCAAGUCAAGAGAUAAGACAGAAGAAAGGUCUAUGAAUAUUUGUUAUUGGAAGGUGUCAUUGUUAUCAAGAAGGUACAUUUUCAUAAGAAUUCAUAAGGAUAUGGCUCUCCCAGUUCAUUCUGAAACAGGAGUAAAAAACUUGGAAGUUUGGAUGCUCUUGAGAAGUUUGAGAGAUAAGAAGCUUGUUGAUUUGGUGUUCUCAUGGCAAUACUACUACUAUUAUCUCAAGGCUGAAGGUGUUAAAUAUGUAAGAGAUAAGUUGGGUAUGAUGAAAUCAUCUAACAAUAAGGCAUUGUCGAAGAUGUUAUUCCAGCUACAUUCAAGAAGGCUGAUAAAAAGUUCGAAGAUGAUGUCCCUGAAAGAAGGGGUCCAAGAGGAAACAAACCAUUCGGCAGAGGAGGAAACAGAGGACCAAGAAGAGCUGAAGAAUAAACAGAAACAGCAUAACAAUGAAAUUGAUACAUACAAUCGUACAAUAUAUAUAAAUGGUUCAUUUCAA